AAAACGAACGAUGCAUGGCUCAGUACAUUUGGUGGCAGCAAUUCUCAAAAUAGAAGAAGAAUAAAAAGAUAUUUUGAUUGCGAGUGUUUUUCUGAAAAUUAAUUUAAACAGAUGCAAAUCGAUUGGCAAUGAUUUUACCUAUUUUCGUAUAAAAUUUGGAAAAUGUCUUGUGAAAUUAAGUCUCUAGCCAAGCUCAGUGACCUAACGUAUGUGCAAAAACUUCUUGGAUUUUCUCAAGAUGAAAAUUGGCUGAACUCAGUGUUCUAUUCGUUAUCACCUACGGGUGAAUUAUUAGUCAUCGCUCACGGUUCAAAAUUUGUGCUGUUAACUUCUCGAUGGAGCAACGAACAGACGACAUACACUUACACGCUGAAAUGUGAACUAGAAAAUCCGAAUGACAUUAUCACGUCGUUGAUAUGUCUGCCUAUAGUCGGAACCACAAAUGUUCAAAAUUCAGCCGAAUGGACAUGCAUUGCCAUUGGUCUGUCCUCUGGUGAGGCGAAAUUUUACUCGGAUUCGGGCAUCGAACUAUUUUCGCAACAAUGGCACAACGAGGCAAUUCAUGCAAUCAAAGCACAAAGUGGAAAGAAAAUCAACGAGGAGGUUCAUGUAUUCUAUUUGAGCUGUGUGUGUAUCAUCCAAGGAAGUCACCUGUUCACCUUGCUGCGAAAUAUGAAAAAUUUUCUGCAAAAAUCUAAGGCUAAUGCGGACCUAUCGCCCGGUCAAGAAACAUUGCCAUGCCGAAAAUGGGGAUAUGGCGGCAAAAAUGUGAUUAUCAAUGAUGCUGUGGUUGUUGGUGCUCAAAAGACUUGUACGUUCGAUCAUUUACUUACGGCAAGUUUGGAGGGUGGAUUCUAUGCCAAAUAUAAAAGUGCGGCACCGCAAAGUUCACUUGUGAUUGGUGUUGGUACAAAACCAUUUGCUGGCUUCCACUGGGCAAAAGAGGGAUUCGUUCAGCCAGUUUUAGCCGAUGUGGCGAGAGCUGUCGCAAGUAAAAUCAAAUCCGCAUUGCCAACCUGGUUCAGGUCGUCGACGCCACAGACCAUUGAAACACCACCACCGCCAGUUCCAGCAGAACCUAUGUCAUUACGAUUCGGCAUUUGUGACUAUCAGCGUACUGGAAUAUCGGUAUGGUUAGCACCGAAUAACCAGUUGGCUGCUGUAACCGACAAUUUGGGACGCAUCAUCUUGGUCGACUGUUUCAAAGGGAUCGCUUUGCGUGUGUGGAAAGGAUACCGAGAAGCGCAAUGCAGUUUCGUCAAAGUGAACGAAAAGUCAUCGAAAGUAGCCAAUUCAAAUGAUCGACGGCACGCAAUGUUUCUCGUUAUAUUUGCACCUCGUCGGUCUUGCUUGGAAGUUUGGAGUCUGCAACGUGGACAGAAAAUAGCUGCAUUCAAUGUUUCCAAAUACGGCCAACUGAUUUCGAAUACACAUCAGCUGAUGGGCGCCACCGGAUCAUCGAAAGUUAAAUACACAACGAACAAUUGCAUCUUUUUCGAUCCAUCCGAUCAAUCGCUGAAAGAAAUAGCCAUUCCGUUUCAUUGUGCGAUCACCGAUUCGAACUCAAAAACGGCCAAAGAUUUGCACUUACUGCGAAGAAUAAAAAUGUGCCUACGUAGCGGUGAUGGAACGGAAGAUCAAGUGAUCGACGAAAUCUCAUUUUCCUGCCGUAGCCUACAAACAGAUGAGAUUCGCUUACAAUGCAUUGAGAUGCUGGUUAAGAACAAUAAGGCCACGCCGAAUAUCAUGAGUAUCGUGUUGAAAGAGUUUCUGGCACAGAUACCGGACGACGAAGCGUUCGACAAUAGUAAUCCCGACGAUGACGACGAUGUAAGUACAGAGGAUCUACAAAAAAUUCAAUUAAAAAACGUGGCCACGAAUUACAGUCGAUUGGUCGAAUUCUAUCACUAUGCCACGUCAGACAGCUCAACGGAUGAUACGAUGGUGAUCGGCAGCGAUACGGAGAAUAAAUUUGAUGAUGAUAAUGAAGAUGACGAUGCGUCGAGAGCAGCGAUUUCACAUUUGCAAAUGAACAUGUCCGAACUGGAGAAUUUGCAAAAGUUCGUUGAUUUGGCUGCGCUGGAAAGGACAGCAACGGGACGUUAUGGCAGGGUAACAUUUCAUGAAAAGGUCAAGUCGAACGCUUUCGUCGAUUUUCUGGCGAUUUUCGAUUGCCAAGAGACGGACAUUAUGUUGCUGGAUCGGAAGAAGAAAAACUUUUCGCAAGUGGGCUGUGAAAUCUUCAAGAAUUUUAUGGAAAAAGGAAAAAGUCUGACCAAAUUCUAUGACAAUGCGAGCCGUAGUUGCAUCAGUGCAAAUGAUUUGAUGACACUGUUUCUGAGCUACUGGUUGGAUCGGCCGUUUUCUUACGCGAAAAGUGAGGAUCUUAUAGUGGACUUAGGCCGUUUUACUGCAGUCAUAGAAGAAAUUUGUGCUUUAGCAACAGAUGAAGUUACUUUCGAAUACGAUACGCUGUCCCUGUGGUGGCAGAACAUACGAGAAACACUUCUGGAAAGUCCUUGUGCAUUAAUGAGCCUGUUGGCGGCGAUGAUGUGUCGUACGCAUGCUGCUAGAUAUCGCAAACGUGAGAACUCGAACGAUUCCAACGAAGAGGACGUUGUUUGGGAACAGGUAUCGCACGAGUCCGCCCAAUGGUCACUGUUGAUCGGUAAAUUAGAGGACAUAGCCGUACUAAGCGCAAUUUUAAGCUGUUCAAAGUUGUGUGAAGAUGCCCAAGAACCGACCUUACCGAUCAUUGACUACGAGCAGCCGGAUGUGAGCUUAUUUGCGAUCGUCAGUGGUGGUAAAGGAAUCUGCACAGAACUUGUAGCGAAAUGGAUUUCUAGCUCUGGAUGCAAUCCGAAAAUGUUACUCGAACCAGUUAGUGCUGACGGAAUCGAAAUCGAACAUUCACGGGAGGUGAAGGAAAAAGCAAUCGAAAAUGCGACAUUCAGCAAUUACAUCUUGAUAUUGAGGGAGCAUUUUCCAUUCAGUCUGCAGUCGGGCAUUCUGCUAUGUCAGCUGACAUGGACGUAUAUGUGUCAGUGGAGCAAAAAUAUGACGAACUUGGACUACAUAAAGGCGGCCUUGGACUGUUUGGAUGCGAUCCGAGUAUCGGACAACUUAAUCAAACAUGGGAUUUGUUGCAUGAUAUGGAAUGCUCACCUAAAAAUUCCGCUGGAAGCGACCAAAAAACUGAUUAACAAAACUGGCCGCUUGCCAAAGGAGAAAUUGUGUCAGCAGGACAUCGGCAUAUCUGAUUCACUGGUGCCCGAAAUGCUACAGCAUUGCUCCAAAUUCCUGAAACACUUUGCGUCUAGCAUCGACGGAGUCAAAGUUGAUUUGAAAUACGAAGAGUUACUGCAAGAUGGUCCAGUGCCAUUGACCCUACUAGCUCUGCAACAAAACACGGUCACUAUGGAACUGUUGAGGUUACACAUGGAGCUAAACGAUGUGCUGUACAUCAUUUCAUCGCUUAGCAUUAAAUACUUCAAGCCGAUACAAAGUCUCUUUGAUGCAGUGUCAAAUCAAAGUUUCUUUAGCGAAAUCAAUCGGAAAUUGGACAACGAUUUACCGCGACCCGAUGUGAUUCUGCAGAAAAAACGAACGGAAUUUUUGUGCUUAGCCAUUUCAGCCACAAUGGAUUUGAUACGAGAGGAUAUGCAGGGAAUCUAUUUGGACGAUCAUAUCAUGUGGAUGGAAAAAAUCGAAGAAUUGGCCAAUGACUGGGAACUGGGCACAGCCGAGUUGAGAAAGCAUCAGAUUGUUGAACUGUACGGUCACGGCUGGGAUGAGUUUGCUGAAGAUAUCUUGGAAUCCUGUUUAGAUUCUCAGCAGCUCGGCUCGCUUCUACUAAAAAUUGCCGGUCGCCGGCUUAACAUUUAUACAAGAAAUUCGCCGACGAGAUACGCUCAGGUCGCUUCAAUUGGUCCGUUGGUAUCCGAUUUUUUGGACACACUUGUAAGUGUUGGCAAGGACGACGGUUCUCAAGUGCAGGUACAUCGAACAUCUGGUGACAUUUCGCUGGACAAAUUGACUAAUCUUAGCGGUCACAUCUUCAGACUUUUAUCGGAAAAGAACAGUCGAGAUCUACGCAUCGCCGGACAAUUAUUCGAUGCAUGCAAAAUUCUCAAAGAAAAUCCAACGGAAUAAGUGAAGUGAAAUUCGUCCGGUAAAGAUUCAAUAAUGCGGAAUUCGCCUAUGUUAACGGUUUUACCUGUUCACGUGAAAUGUUUAUUUUAAAAACGCCUAGCGCACGCACACACCAGUUUUUCUUUCCUUCCUUUUUGUUUAAUUUAUGAGUCACGUUAAUAAAAUGUAAA